GCGGGGCUGCGGGGCGCGGGGCUGCGGGGCGCGGGCGGCAUGCGGGCGGGCGGCCUGGAGCGCUUCUGCAGCCCGGGGAAGGGCCGGGGGCUGCGCGCGCUGCGCCGCUUCCAGCUGGGGGAGCUGCUGCUGUCCUGCCCGGCCUACGCCGCGGUGCUCACGGUGGCCGAGCGCGGCAACCACUGCGACCACUGCUUCGCCAGGAGAGAAGGCCUAUCCAAGUGCGGGAGGUGCAAGCAGGCCUUUUACUGUGACGUGGACUGCCAGAGAGAAGACUGGCCACUGCACAAACUGGAAUGCGCCCCCAUGGUGGUGUUUGGGGAGAACUGGAACCCCUCAGAGACGGUGCGGCUCACGGCCAGGAUCCUGGCCAAGCAGAAGCUGCACCCUGAGAGGACCCCGUCAGAGACACUGCUGGCCGUGAAGGAGUUCGAGUCCCAUCUGGACAAGCUGGACAACGAGAAGAGGGACUUGAUCCAGAGUGACAUUGCCGCCCUCCAUCACUUCUACUCCAAGCACCUGGACUUCCCUGACCAGGCCAGCCUGGUGGCUCUCUUUGCGCAGGUGAACUGCAACGGCUUCACCAUAGAGGACGAGGAACUCUCUCACUUGGGGUCCGCGAUAUUCCCCGAUGUGGCACUGAUGAACCACAGCUGCUGCCCUAACGUCAUCGUCACCUACAAGGGGACCGUGGCUGAGGUGCGAGCAGUGCAGGACAUCAGCCCGGGAGAGGAGGUUUUCACCAGCUACAUUGACCUGCUGUACCCAACGGAAGACAGGAAUGACCGGCUACGGGACUCCUACUUCUUCACCUGCCAGUGUCAGGAGUGUACCUCCAGGGACAAGGACAAGGCCAAGGUGGAAGUCCGGAAGCUCAGUGACCCCCCACAGCCGGAGUCUGUGCGGGACAUGGUCAGGUACGCCCGCGCCGUCAUCGAGGAGUUCCGCAGAGCCAAGCACUACAAAUCCCCCAGCGAGCUGCUGGAGAUCUGCGAGCUGAGUCAGGAGAAGAUGGGCGAGGUGUUUGCGGACAGCAACGUGUAUGUGCUGCACAUGAUGUACCAGGCCAUGGGCGUGUGCCUCUACCUGCAGGACCGCGAGGGCGCCCUGCGCUAUGGCCAGAAGAUCAUCAAGCCCUACAGUAAGCACUACCCACUCUACUCCCUCAACGUGGCGUCCAUGUGGCUGAAGCUGGGGCGGCUCUACAUGGGCCUGGAAAACAGGGCGGCCGGAGAGAGAGCCCUGAGGAAGGCCCUCGCCAUCAUGGAGGUCGCCCACGGCAAGGACCACCCGUACAUCUCUGAGAUCAGACAGGAGAUCGGCAGCCAGUGAGGGGGCCGCACCAGAGCCUCCUCUCCUGUUGCUCCCACACGGACGUCAGGAGGAGCCGCGGCUCCCACCUGGACCUUUCCCGGGAUGCCGUCCCGAUGCUCUGUCCCCCAAGGGGAUGGCUGCCCACCACGGGGCCUCUGGACACUGGUUUUGGGUGCAGCCGAGUCUCCCGCCCACCCGUCCGCCGUCUGGUAUGAUCUGGGACUUCUCCCUCCGUGCUGCUGUGAUGCCCUGAGCAAGCCUGACCUGAGAGAAUUAAAAAUCUGCAAGGCA